AUGGGAAUGAUUACAGGCAUGUACUGGGUGCAGAUAUGGACAGCCGUUGCAGUGGUGCUGCAGGAGACAGCAGUGGCUGAAGGCCCGCAGAGCUGUUCGCACGAGGCCAACCGGGUGUCCUUGGCCACUGCUCCUCCGAUAUGCGCAGCGUCGGAACCAGCAGCUCUCAUCCCUGCACUGCAGCAGACAUGCAGCCGUGACCAUGAGAGCAUUGGUGUGCCAGGCUACCGGCCAGCAGAGGCACACGGGUUGUGGGAGGUGCGGCCGUCGCCAGGAAAAGGCCGCGGCAUGUUUGCGGUGGUGGACAUUGUGCGGGGGACGCGUCUGCUGGAGGAGCAACCGCUAUUUGUGGUCUCGCCACCGCCGUUGGUUCCGGGUGUUGGGUUCUCGCUGUCGAGCAUGCAGCCUGUGGUGGAGGAAGCGUUUGCAGGACUCAGCACGGCCCAGCAGGUCGAGUUUCGUUCUUUGCACGAGGUGCAGCUGGCAGGAGAAGAGAGUGAGGGAAGGAGAAGCGAGGAUGAAGAGGGAAACAAGCGCAGCGAGGAAGAAAAAGAAACACACGGCCGCAGACUGAUGCGGAUUCUGCGCAGCAACGGCUACAACACGCAGGACGGCCGCGUGGCCAUCUACCCCAAAGCGGCGCUGGUAAACCACGAUUGCCGGCCGAACGUGUUCAACACGGAUGUGGCUGGCCGCCGGGUGAUCAUGGCGACGCGCGACAUUGCCGUCGGUGAGGAGUUGCUGACGACGUACGUGCCGCUGCUAGCCGACACGACGACACGGCAAAGACGGCUGAUUCAGUACGGCUUCCACUGCAGCUGUGUGGCCUGUCUGGCGGGCGAGAGGGAUGGAGCUGGCGACGGGACAGACGACGGCCACCGCAUCUACAUGGGAGCUGUUCUAGACGACUUGGAGGCUGCAGUACGCGAAGAGGCAGCAGCAGCCGAUGACGAACGGAAGAAGCAGACGCAAAAGCAGAAGCAGAAGAAACAGAAGCGGGUGCAGCAACUGGCUCGCAAUGCUGCCGAGCUGGCGGCCUAUGUCGAGACGCAGGGCUUCGCCGACUACUACGUGCGCACCAGCCGGCUGGCCGUGGAGUUUUCCUUCCGGGCGGACGACGGCAUGGCGGCAAGGCACUGGGCACAGCGCCAUCUGGAGCAUCACCGGCUGAUAGACGAGACGAUGCAGGCGACACACGAUGCCCACGCGCUUCUCGGCUUUGUCGAGCAGGCAGUGCAAGGCCAGCAAAUUCCUCUCGACCACCACGGGCGAUCUCUCCAACGUGACCGGACCGCCAGCCUUUUGCUGGCGCCUUCGUCCGUUGUCGAGGUUGGCCACUGUUGGGGCCAGCGACCGGCCGUGUUUGCCGCGCCCGCGCUCGAGUCGAGUGCCGAGCGCCGCUGUUUGCUGGUGCUGCGCAUGAUGUUGAUCGCCCUGCGCAGCCAGGUGUACGUGGGCGGGUCGACCAAGACGAGCAUCCGGAAGCCGCUCAACGCGUUUCUGGGCGAGCUCUUUCUGGCCGAGUGGACGAACGAGAGGAGCAGCAGCAGCAGCAGCACCCCCUCCUCCUUCACAACACGACUUGUGGCCGAACAGGUCAGCCACCAUCCGCCCAUCACGGCCAUGCACCUCGCCGACGAGACCCACGGCGUUCGAGCUGACGGCUACGCCCGUGUCGAGAUGACCUUUGCCGGCUCCGUGCAGGUACGCCAGGUCGGCCACGCCCUCGUGCACAUCGACCGCUACGACGAGGACUACCUCUUGCCGCUGCCCGACGUGCGCGUGCGCGGCUUCCUGUCCGGCCGCCUGUACCCUGAGAUCAUCGGCACCUACCACAUCGUCGCCAGCAGCGGCUACACCGUCGAGCUGGUCUUCUCGGGGCAGGGCCUCGCCUGGGGCGGGACCAGGAACGCCUUCACUGCGCGGGUGAUGGGAAGGGAGGUGGGAGAAGAGCCGGAAGACGGAAAGAACGGGAAGAGCGGGAAAGAGAAGAAACCAAAGCACGCAAAGCACGCCAAAAACACAAAGAACACAAACACAGCCCGGGAAACGCUCUACAUCGUCGAGGGCGUCUGGAGCCAGGGCUGGACCACCACAGACGCGCGGACCGGCCAGGUGCUCGAGCGCUACGAGGUCGACGCCGUCGAAAACGCACCGGUCGCCAUCCAGCUGUCGCCGCCCGAAGCACAAGAUCCGUGGGAGUCGCGUCGUGCCUGGGCACCUGUCAUCGACGGCAUCGUCCGCGGCGACCUCAGCCACGUCGUGGCCGAAAAGUCUCGCAUCGAACAGGCCCAACGCUGCAUGCGCGCUCACGAGGCCAAAAACGGCACCAUCUGGAAGCCGCUGCUGUUUCGAAGCAGCAGCAGCAGUCACGACGACGCAGAAGCACCCUGCCCUAAAGCCACAGCCGCGCGCGACACGUUCCACCGCCUCGCCGCCGGCCUCGACCUGCAACUGCACGACGAGCAGACCAUGGGCGUGUGGCGCGUUGACGAGACCAAGAUUCAAAACCUGCAGCGACCGUUUCGGGGCGAGCUGACGCCAUUGGGAUAA